AUGUUCCGCCUCGGUCGACGAUCGCUCACCGCUUCCCGAGCUCGUCAGGCGGUGCUCUCGCCGACCUACUUCACCCGACACUCGUUGGCGACGCUCCCGACCGCUCCGACCCAGCCACCGACCCCGUCGGCCCCGUCGACCGCCAAGUCCUCCUCGACCUCGGCUCCGUCCCCGCCUGCCCAGCCUGUACACCACACAUCACCCACAACAGCAGCAGCCGAAGUGGAGCAGUUGACUCACAGCAACGUCUUGCCCGUCGGCACUACUGGCCCCACCCACGUUCAUGUCGCUCAGCCCACCACCACCACCACCACCACCACCAGCACCUCUCAACCGAUCGAUCGAGAUGUCGCUUCCAGCGCCGUCAAUCACACCUUGAACGCCGUCAACGACAAGAAGCAGCACCUCGCCUCUCAGCUCUCCUCACAGGCAUCAGAAGCAUCCGACCGGGCCCACCACCUCGCUUCCCAAGCCAAGGAUCGAGCCCACGACGCAGCCCAAGUCGUCGCGGACAAGGCCGACCAAGUCGUCGACAAGUCCGGUCGACUCGCUUCCGCCGAAGCACUCGAGACCGCAUCCGACGAGCUCGCCCAAGCUGCAGGACAAGCCAAACGAAUCGCUUCCGAAAAGGCAGACGACGCAGCUGAGGCCGCCAAGGUCGUCGCCGACAAGGCGGGGCAGGCCGCGAACAAGACGGGUCAGGUCGUCGCUGAUACGGCGAGCAAGGUCGUCUCUUUCAUCAAGUCGACUUUGUUGUUGUUGGGCACGGGGGCGUUCUUGGUCUAUGCGUAUGAUUCAAGAGCGGGUGUUCAUAGGUAUUCCCUCCUCCGUGCUCACCAGACAAUCACAGUGAAGCUGACCAUAGCGCUGUCUGAACAUACAGAUGGGUCGUCCUGCCCGCCGUCAUGGCCUUGACCAAGAACGACCCGGAGCAAGCCCACGAGUGGGCCGUCCAGUUCCUUUCCUCUGGCUUGGCACCCGUCGAUUGUGGCGAGGAUGAUCCGGCCUUGUUGAGUACCGAGGUGGGUCCUCUGUGCUGGUCCAAAAAGAGGAAUCCGCGCCAAGACUGAUCUCUCCACCUUUCUCGACCUCCAACAGGUCUGGGGCCAAACCUUUUCUUCGCCCAUCGGUAUGGCCGCAGGGUGGGACAAGCACGCCGUCGCCAUCGACGGUCUGUUCAAUCUAGGCUUCUCGUACGUCGAAGUCGGCUCCGUUACGCCCGAGCCCCAACCGGGGAACCCGAAACCUCGCCUCUUCCGUGUCCCCGAGAUGGACGCCGUCGUCAACCGCUACGGUUUCAACUCGGAAGGACACCAAAUCGUUCAGAGCCGACUACGACAACGGCUCGAGAAAUGGGUCCAUCUGAUGAAGGCGCACUUGCCUGCGCACUUCUUGCCUACACCUCCUGCAGCGACGGACUCGAUUCAGAUCGGUGCGGAGCGCGAUGUCGUUGAAGGCUUGUUGACUUCUGAAGGAGGAAAAGAAGCCCUGGUCGCCGAUCGAUUGGGCCUACCUCGCUCUUUGAAACCCGGUCGAGUGCUCGGUAUCAAUUUGGGCAAGAACAAGACCUCGGACCCUGAUUCGAUCGAGGAUUUCGUCAAGGGCGUCACCAGUCUCGGUCCCUAUGCCGACGUGUUGGUCAUCAACGUUUCAUCCCCCAAUACACCUGGUUUGAGGGAUCUACAGAGGAAGGGGAUGAUGACUGAACUUUUGAACGGAGUCGUGCAAGCGAGGAACGACUUGAAGGGGGAGAAGAAGCCCCCUAUCUUGGUCAAGAUCGCUCCUGACGUCGACGCGAAGCAAUUGGAGGACAUUGCCGAAGCGGUCAAGAGUUCCAAAGUCGACGGUAUCAUCGUUUCCAAUACGACCAUUUCCAGACCUGACCUUUCGAAUUCCUCGGCUUCGACUGAAACGAUCUCCGUCUUGGCCGAGACGGGAGGAUUGUCCGGACCCCCGGUCAAGCCUUUGGCCUUGAAAGCGAUUUCGACUUUGUACGACUUGACGGAUGGCCAGAUCCCUCUGGUCGGGUGUGGUGGGAUUUCAUCGGGUCAAGACGCCGUUGAUUUCGCCAAGGCCGGUGCUUCGCUCGUACAAGUUUAUACGGGCGUCAUUUACCAUGGGGUCGGCCUGCCGAGGAAAAUCAAGGACGAGCUGAUGGUCAUUCUUCAGGAGGAGGGCAAGAGUUGGAGUCAAUUGGUUGGCUCUGGGAGGCGGGUCAAGAAGGAGGUGGAGGAGAAGAAGGUCGUUGAGAAGUUCGUUCCUGGAAAGUCUGAGAAGGAGGGGACGAAACCGGUGGGGGAGAAGGAUUUUGCGGAUUCGUUGAAGGAAGCGAAGGCCGAUUUGGAUGCGUUGUUGAAGGAGUUAGCGUCGUUCGGAUCGACACCGACGUCGGCGAAGGCGGAGAACAAAACUAGUCCGACGAUGGGAAAGGCGGAUGCGAUUCCGCCGAUCGAAGUGGUCGGGUCGGAAAUGGCUGAGGCCAAGAGGGAUCCGAGUGGGGUUCAAGGAUCGGCUGUACCGGCACCUGUAGCGGAAUCGUUUGCUUCCAACGCCAAAUCGACUUCUGCCCCUAAAGCAUCCACCAAACCCUCCUCCGAGUCCACAUCGACCUCAACCUCGUCCGAGGAGAAGGCACCGCAAUCCGUGAUGGCUCAGAUCUUUGCGAACAAAGCAUCGACCAUCGAUGAUUCGAAACUGGCCGUACCGGCGCAGGCUUUGUUGGAUGAAGAGGCGAUCAAGGUGCUUUUGGAUCCGAUCGGGGCGACGCAGCAGAAGAAGGGGGAUUCGAAAGAGACGGUGAAGGCGAAGGAGGAGAAGAAGGUAGACGACCGACCUGUCAGGGGGGAGGGAAAGAGGUGGGUGUGA